AUGGGCAACCAGCUGUCGUUUUCGCUGACGGAGAGUGAGCUGGCUCGUCAGAAGUUUGGUGAGGACAACCACACAAGGUUGGACCCACGCGGCAAAGGAGACAAGAUCAUGCUUGUCAUCUUUACAACCAUCUACUCCUUCGACCUUGUAGCAGUAAUCUACAUGCUGUGGAACAGGAAAUACCCUCCGCUAAAGGCAAAAAAUGUACCAGUAAUAACACUAGUUAUGAUGUUCUCAUUUGUGUGGUUUGUUGGUGACCUCCAGGCCAAUGGGCACCUUCCUCUGGCAAACACACCUCUGACCAACUGUAAGGCGUUUGGUAUGUGGAUGCGAGUCAUUUUGGGUGUGUGCGGUGUGUUUUCGCUAAUUGGCCUCAGGUCGUAUGGAUUGUACCGCGUGUUUUUCUUAUACAAGCCGUACCACAGCCUGGGUCUCUAUCUGCCGUUUGCCAUUUACUGGGUGUGCGUACUUAUUGCCGGAACCAUUUCGCAGACCAUUAGACCCGAUAUCACGACUCAGUACGUUUCGAAUCUCGACAUCUGCCAGUACCACAAGUCAUUCCAGACUACCCUGUAUGCCUUCCUAUGGGUAACUGUAGCUCUAGUGAUGUUUAUACACUGGAAGAUCCGCAAUAUCAAGAGCUCGUUCAACGAGAGCCGCGAGGCAACCAUUACCAGCAUCAUUGUGGCAUUUGUGGUUACCUUUGCCACGGUCAUGCGUUAUGUGCUCCCAAAGUACCCGCUAGACAUUCGCCUGCGCAUCACCAACACAGCUCUAAACCACAUAACAACCAACGCUGUGUGGUGGCUGAUUAUGGGCGUGCCGCUGUACAACUGCCUCUUUAACCGCCAAAAAUAUCUCAACCAUUGGAUCCUCAAGCUGCGCGAGGACGGACUGCAAAAGGAGUACAACGUUGCUUCGAACGUGGUUGUUGGUAGCCAGGGCAUGUCUGACUCGUUCAAUGUCCGCAGCACGCUACUUGCAAGCACAGCCGGAAAUAAGGAAGGCGGGGCAUUUUACGCAAUGGACGACAGUAUUUACAAUAACAAGGAUAACGGCAUUGGACACAACACACAAACUACUUUUGAACGGUCUCCAGACAGUCCUAUUUAUGCAAAUGGAGAGGUUGCGUACCAGCAGUCAAUCAUUUCGUCUACUACUACUGGGCAAUGUCGCGAGGGCUUUGCCUUGGAAAGUGUUGCUGAUUCAUCAAGCAUAAAUUACGCGCAUAAUGACAAUCCGCUACCACGGGCUCAGACAAGCUUGAUAAAGCCCAGGCCUCAGUCGCAGAAUGUUGGCCAGUGGGCUGGUCCAAAUGUGGAUUCUGAUCUUUACCAUGCGCCACAGGCUACGUCAAAGUUGUACACGCUGAUCACUAUUCCCGAGGCUGCAGCCAAGAUCCCAUUCAGGCCUGGUACCAGCCAAGACGUCAGUAUGAAUUACCAAGGAUCUGACAAUCGUCAUUUGUUGUAG